ACACUGGCUUUUUGACGUUUUGUUAUUACAUAAAGUGUCAAAUAUUCAGUGAAUUAUUGGAUUUGCACUGAAAUAUUUGAUUUAAUCGAGCGUAUGGCCGCAUUAAUUAGAAAUUUGGGUGCCAGAAUUGCUUCUGCCGCUUUGACGGCCAAGCAUGUGGUACCCGCUGGAACAGCUGCCUUCCGUAUGCAAAGUACUGCGCCAGUUGAUGCCAAAGCAGCAGAAAAACCCACUGUACGCAAACCGGAUGCAGCUGCUCGCUCCAGCCUGUCUGAAUUUGGCCGAUACGUUGCCGAAUGCAUGCCCAAGUACGUUCAGAAGGUGCAAUUGACUUCUGGUGAUGAACUGGAGGUGCUGAUUGCUCCCGAGGGUGUUGUACCGGUACUACAGUUUCUGAAGGAUCAUCAUCAAGCACAGUUUACUAACCUGGUGGACAUCGCAGGUGUGGAUGUGCCGUGUCGCAAGUAUCGCUUCGAAGUUGUCUACAACAUUUUGUCGCUUCGUUAUAAUGCUCGUAUUCGGGUUAAGACCUACACCGAUGAGCUAACUCCCCUCGACUCGGCUUGUGAAGUUCACAAGGCAGCCAAUUGGUAUGAGCGCGAGAUUUGGGACAUGUAUGGUGUCUUCUUUGCCAAUCAUCCAGAUUUACGUCGUAUCCUUACCGAUUACGGAUUCGAGGGCCAUCCACAGCGUCGCGACUUCCCAUUGUCCGGCUAUGUUGAGUUGCGCUAUGAUGAUGAGAAGAAACGCGUUGUUUGCGAACCCUUGGAGUUGGCACAGGAAUUCAGAAAGUUCGAUCUAUCGGCACCAUGGGAGCAGUUUCCUAACUUCCGUAACGCAAACCCACCAGCCGAGGUGGUGCAGCCAGCUAAGGCUGCCGCUGGUGCUAAGAAGUAAGCGAUUCGAUGUGAGCCUUGUUAAAUGGUAAUUAUAUAGAAAACUAUCAAUAAAAAUGAUAUGUAGAAAUUGUAAA